UCCAAUAUCUCUCUUUCUCUCUCUACACCUCCGCUUUUUCUCUCUCUAAAGGCCCCAGUUGAUGUUACAGAGACGCGCUGAUUCUCGUCAAUCAUCGCUUUGCAUAGUUCUUUCCUCACCACAAUUUUCGUGGCUAUUUUGGAGCUAGAGAUCAUCGCCGAGCAUAUAGGAAAGCUCCUCUCCGUUAUCGUUUUCCACCUGUAAAAAUUUUCACGACUCUCUAUUGCACAUCUGCCAGUAACGAUUUCUGUUCCCAGCUCAGUUAUCGACAGCUCGGUUGGAUCAAUUGCUUUCGUUUGUCGUCAAAUUUGAAAUUUCUUCGUAUUGAAUUUUCUUCGCUUUUUUGAGAUUCGAAAUUUACAUAUAUAUAAUAUUAGUGGUUCGUAAAGUCGGUAUUCGAUCGAAAUCUCGCCUCGAUUGGAUGGUUUCUGGAUAAAGUAUGCAGCCUGAUCAGAGAAAAAAGGCCGGUGUCGAUGUAGAUUUCUUCACCGAAUACGGGGAAGGAUGCAGGUUUAGAAUCGAGGAAGUUAUCGGCAAGGGUAGCUAUGGUGUUGUUUGCUCGGCAUACGACACACAUCUUGGAGAAAAAGUUGCUAUAAAAAAGAUAAACGACAUCUUCGAACAUGUCUCAGAUGCGACACGAAUCCUCCGUGAAAUUAAGCUUCUUAGGCUGCUUCGCCAUCCGGACAUUGUGGAAAUCAAACAUAUUUUGUUGCCUCCUUCGAGGAGGGAAUUCAAGGACAUAUAUGUGGUGUUCGAGCUGAUGGAAUCAGAUCUUCAUCAGGUCAUUAAAGCGAAUGAUGAUCUGACUCCCGAACAUUAUCAGUUCUUUCUUUAUCAGCUUCUCCGAGGAUUGAAAUAUAUACAUACAGCUAAUGUUUUCCACCGUGACUUGAAGCCGAAAAACAUCUUGGCUAACGCCGACUGUAAGUUAAAGAUAUGCGACUUUGGACUUGCACGAGUGGCGUUCAACGAUACGCCUACUGCAAUAUUUUGGACGGAUUAUGUCGCAACGAGGUGGUAUAGAGCCCCGGAAUUGUGUGGAUCAUUUUUCUCGAAGUAUACGCCAGCGAUCGAUAUUUGGAGCAUUGGCUGCAUAUUUGCGGAACUUCUGACCGGAAAACCUCUGUUCCCGGGGAAGAACGUCAUUCACCAAUUAGACCUCAUGACCGAUUUUCUGGGAACUCCGCCUCCCGAAACAAUUGCACGGAUAAGAAAUGAAAAAGCUCGACGAUACUUAAGUAGCAUGAGGAAAAAGAAACCGAUCCCGUUGUCCUACAAAUUUCCCAACUCCGAUCCUCUUGCUCUCCGCUUAUUAGAAAGGAUGCUCGCUUUCGAUCCCAAGGAUCGACCGUCCGCCGAAGAGGCUCUUGCUGAUCCGUACUUCCGAAACUUAGCUCGAGUCGAGCGAGAGCCAUCCGCCCAACCGGUUACCAAAAUGGAAUUCGAAUUCGAAAGGCGAAGAAUUACGAAGGAAGAUGUAAGAGAGUUGAUAUAUCGCGAAAUUCUCGAGUACCACCCGAAGAUGUUGAAAGAAUUCGUUGAGGGAGCCGAGCCUACAGGCUUUAUGUAUCCAAGCGCGGUCGACAAAUUUAAAAAGCAGUUCGCGCAGCUUGAGGAGCAUUACGGAAAAGAGACGGCUGCGCCACCCGAAAGACAACAUUCGUCGUCUCUGCCGAGGUGCAGGCCCUGCGUUUUGUAUCCAGAUAACGUAAAAUCGAAUACGACUGGUGUCGCCGACGGCCUUUCAAAGUUUUCGAUCAAAGAAGUCGAGAAACCACCUCUCGAUCGAUCUUCCGUUCAUCCAAUUCCAAGACCACCCGUUCCCAUCCCCCAAAACAUCCAAGGGAUAGCUGCGAGGCCCGGGAAGGUUAUAGGUUCGAUUCUACGAUACAACAACUGCGGAGCAGCUGCAGUGUCGACGGAACCCGUCGAACAGCAACGGAAAGUCGUCAGAAAUCCCGGGAUUCCCGCUAAAUACAUCGGUCCAAACGGGUCCUACUCGAGGAAGCAUCCAGGCUGCAAGAACGAGAGCGGCGACGACGAUACCGGAGGGUCGAACGGAAUGCCACCGAAACCCGAUCUUUUUAUGUCCCGGAAAGUUGCCGCUCAGGCUGUUUCGGGAAGCCAUUGGUAUUGAUCUCACGAUCCAACGGCUACGGCUGAUUGGGACGGGAUUCAGUUCCCGAUCCAAUGGCUCAUCUUCGUGCCGGCAUUGCGUAUAAAUCUCCGGCGGUAAGUUUACUGGCGAGUCGAGAUCGAGAUCGAUCGAGAGAUUCCGAGGCGAAACAGGUAAUUGAUCGAAUGAAUUUGUGUUGUUGAUCUUAUUUGUACAUUGUGUAACUUGAAUAAGCGGAGUCCAAAAACUCUGAAGUUUUCGACUCCGCCCUUUUUUACGAGAAAAUCUUUUUCCCGUAGUUUAUAAUUUUGGUUCGCUGUUUAUCAACAGUAAUUUUAUUUAUUUUUUUUUAAAGUAAUUGCUAGCUACGGACCGUUGA